AUGCAAAGUGGCACGGUUGAUGCUGACCCCACACCGGACUCUUCAGAUGAGAAGAAUGUAAUUGAGAACGGCAAAGAGCCAACGCAGGACACCUCUCGGGUGAUUGCGCCUUAUAGUAUCUUCACAAAGAGGGAGAAGUGGACAAUCGUAGGGCUGGCUGCGCUGGGAGGAUUCUUCAGUCCUAUGACCGCCAAUAUAUACUUUCCGGCAUUGCCGACGCUCACCAAAGCAUUCCACGAGACUACGGAAAAUCUGAACUUGACGGUGACCAUGUACAUGGUUAUGCAAGGAGUUGCUCCGAUGGUAUGGGGGACACUCAGCGACCGGUAUGGACGGCGUCCUCAAUUCAUCGGCUGUAUGCUAUUCCUGGCGCUCACUUGUGUCGGCCUUGCGCUCACACCUACGGACGCUUUCUGGCUGCUCAUGCUCCUACGCUGCCUGCAAGCGUUCGGGAGUGCGAGUACCAUUGCACUAGGUGGCGGCGUGAUCGGGGACAUUGCAACGCCGCAAGAGAGAGGAGGAUUCUUCGGCGUGUUCAGCGCCGGGCCCAUGAUCGGACCUAAUCUUGGCCCUGUUCUUGGAGGAAUCCUAUCUCAAACUCUGGGGUGGAGGUCCAUCUUCUGGUUCCUAUGCAUCGGCUCAGCCUUGUGUGCGGUGGUCAUGAUUUUAGUCCUCCCGGAGACCUUAAGAUCCAUCGUCGGCAAUGGUAGCGUGCGACCACCUGCAUUCUGGCGCCCUCUCAUUCCUGUUGUCGGACGAUCACUUGAAUACAGCGAUACCAAACCGCCUCCCAAACCAUUGCGCAAUCCCUUCGUUUUGUUCACCUACCUCGACGUUCUUGCUCUUCUGUUGUUCAAUGGAGUACUCUACGCGGUGUUCUACGGUGUCACCGCCACAAUCUCUGAGCUCUUCCAAACUGCUUAUCCGUCCCUGAACGAGACUGAAGUUGGACUUUGCUAUUUGGCCAUUGGCGGCGGCAUGUUGAUCGGAACUGUCACGAACGGUAGACUCCUCGACUACGAGUAUCAAGUCAUCAAGAGGUCCAUCAUUCGCAAAGCCGAGAGAGACCCGGAGAAAGAGUUUGAUUGGGAAGAGUUCGUGAAGGCCGACAAGUAUCCCAUCGAGAAGGCACGGCUGCGCUCUGCUUUCAUCUACACCGCGAUCUUCAUCGCUACCACGUUCGGCUACGGAUGGUCUCUUCAAGCCAAGGUGAACUUGGCUUGCCCGCUUAUCCUACAAUUCAUCAUUGGUUUCUCGAUCACCUCGUGUAUGAAUACGAUCACAACACUCAUCGUCGAUCUUUUCCCGACACAAGGCUCUUCCAUCACUGCAUGUAAUAAUCUUGUUCGCUGCUCCCUCGGCGCAGCAAUGGUCUCUGCAAUGGACCCCAUCAUAACAGCAGUAGGGCCUGGAUGGGCAUAUGUGAUUCUGGGCGGCAUCUCUGUCGCGGUGACCCCAUUCCUCUUCAUCGAGGUAGCGUACGGACCAAAGUGGAGAGAGCGCCGUCGGCUGAGGCUAGCCCAAGAAGAUAAUCAAUAG